CAAAACGUUUUCCCUCUUUGUGUAUCACCAACAUGGAUGCUUUUCAGAGCAUUUUAAAAUUCUUUCUUAACCAAAAAACUGCAAUUGGCUACAGCUUCAUGGCUUUGCUGACCUUGGGAAGUGAACGUCUCUUUUCAGUGGUGGCUUUUAAGUGCCCCUGCAGUGCUGAGAAUAUGGUCUAUGGGUUGGUUUUCCUCUUUGCCCCUGCCUGGGUGUUGCUGAUCCUAGGAUUCUUUCUGAACAACAAGGCGUGGAAACUCUUCACAGGUUGCUGUGUGAACCCCAGGAAAAUCUUCCCCAGAGGCCACAGUUGCCGCUUCUUCUAUGUCCUGGGCCACAUCACACUGAGUUCUUUGGUGGCACCAGUGAUGUGGCUUUCUGUGGCGUUGCUUAAUGGAACGUUUUAUGAAUGUGCCAUGAGCGGGACGAGAAGCUCGAGACUCUUGGAAAUGAUUUGCAAGGGCAAGCCCAGAGAGUGCUGGGAAGAACUUUACAAAGUGUCUUGUGGUAAAACUAGCAUGCCACCCAUGGACAACGAAGAAGUGAAACUGUCUCUUCAAGCCCAGUCUCAGAUUCUAGGUUGGUGCCUGAUUUGCUCAGCGUCUUUCUUCUCUCUUCUCACCACUUGUUAUGCACGCUGCAGAUCUAAAGUAAGCUAUCUGCAACUGAGUUUUUGGAAGACGUACGCACAAAAGGAGAAGGAGCAAUUGGAAAAUAAGUUUCUGGACUAUGCCAGCAGGCUGAGUGAGAGGAACCUGAAAUGUUUUUUUGAAAACAAGAGGCCAGAUGUCUUUCCCAUGCCCACGUUUGCUGCCUGGGAGGCUGCUUCAGAGCUUCAUCUAUUCCACCCAAACCGGCAGCACUAUAGCACGCUCCACCGGGUGGUGGAUGAUGGUCUGGAUCCUGCCUCUCAGGACGAGGAGACGGCAAUGAUCCUUGUGGGUACCGCCCACAGCCUGUAACAUUCACCACGGCUGACUCACUGUGUCCAGCAGAACACUCAUUCUGACAGUCUCACAAUACCUCCCCCCCCCAUCUUCCCAUAGAGCCUCUUUAGAAAACAACACAAAAGGAAACUGCCUGGAACUUUCAAGUACAAUGUCAGGACUUGUCAACCGUUGCAGAGCGAUGACAAAGACCCUUUUGGGCUGGUGGAGGGUGAGGCUAAGAGAGCCCAAAGGUUGCUCUCAGAUUUUGUGAUUCAGCACAAGGACUCAUGCAAAUGGUCUGCCACUCUAUAAAUAUUCGCCAUGUUUUGGGGUUGGUGUUGAAGCAGUGGCUUGUGAGGGAAUGGUAUGCACAACACAGUUUGCUGUACCCAGGCCUCUGCUGAGGGUUGUCAGAUAUUCUUGUGUAAAUCCAUUCCUACUGCCUUUCAAGAUGGAUGAAAUCGCCGGGCAUGGUGGUGCACAUCUUUAAUCCCAGCACUCGGGAGGUACAGGUAGGAGGAUCGCUGUGAGUUCGAGGCC